AUGUUUUUCAGAUCAAAAUUUGUUAAAGUAAUCAAUAUAACAUGCCCAAUAUCAACUUUGGAAGAAUCAAUGUUCAAAAACUGUACGAAUCUCAGAGAAAUCAUAAUUCCUCAAGACUCAGUCAUUACAUCAAUUAAUAAUGAAUGUUUCUCUAAUUGCACGAGUCUUGAGAAAUUAACGUUUAAGACAGAUUUGCAAUCACUUGGAGUUAGAUGCUUCUAUAACUGCCAAAAACUCAAAGAUAUUGAUAUCUCCAAAAUUUUGAUUGUUGAAGAAAGUUGCUUUGAAAAAUGCGGAGUUGAUUCAUUUAAUAUUUCAAAGAUGUCUAAUUUAAUUAAGAUAAAUAGUUAUGCAUUCAUGAACACAAAUAUAUCAGAGGUAAUUCUCCCGGAAAAUGUGAUUAGUAUUGGUGAAUCAGCCUUUUCAAACUGUCCAAAACUAAUAAUACUUAAAUUUAACGAAAAAAUUAGACAAAUAGGUAGUUUAUCAUUUGAAAACGCGAAUAUUAAAAACGUUUUCAUUCCGAACUCUCUACUUUAUAUCGAUGAAACAGCAUUCCAAGGAUGCUUCCAUAUUGAAUUUAGUUUCAGUGAUGAAAGUCAUCCAAUUUUCCACACCUAUAAAAAUUGUUUCAUGAAUAAGGCUGAUGCAGUUAUAUUCAUGUUUGGUCCGUUGACAAACAGAAUUCCAGAUGGAGUUAAAAGGAUUACUUUAUCAAAACCAGGAUAUUACAGGAAAUCAAUAAACUCUGUUCUUGUUGAUGAAUCAAAAGAUGUCCUUAUAAUUCCACAAUCAGCUACAUUUUACUCUGUUGAAGAACGAAGUGGUCGAAUUUGCGUUGAAGGACCUCUUAUUUCGACAGUUUCAGAUAGUCACGACUAUGGAAAAGCAAUAGAAUUUAAAAUAAAAUGCGACUAUUUAGAUCCAACUCAGAAAUAUUUGAGAACAGGUACAUACAACAUAACAUUUAGUGUCGAUGAAAGCGAAUUCGAUCCAAAUCCAGAAUAUUUUGUUAUAGAAGAAGCUCCAACUGAUGCGACUCUAGCAGAUCUACAAAACAAAAAUUUAGCAUUUGGUAACUUUGGAAAUUCCACAAUUAUAACGAUUCUAAUGUGCUUUACAGUUGUUUUAGGAGUUAUCAUUGUUUGUCUAUUAUUUGUUUUGUUUUUAAUUAAAUAA